CUCCGUAGAAACCGUGUCCCCCUCUCCCUCCCUCUCCCCGAUCGACAGCAAUAGCGGCGGUCAAAAGCCUCUCCUGCGACGACUCCUCCAACCCCCGUCCGUGUCUUCUUGGACGCUCCUCCCCCCUCUCGUAGUCUCCACGAAGGAGCAGCGCAGGCACCGGAGCGGCCUCUUCUCCUCUGGUUGCCGCGGCCAAGCUGAGUCGCCACGGAUCUCGCGGCGGAGAAGGGGGAGCGCUGGAGGGGCCCAUGAGCCUCGCCGGCUCCGCCCUGGAGGCGGCCCUGCAGGCGGUGGGGCGCGGCCUCGACGCCGCCGGCGACCACCGCCUGCUCUACUGCAAGGGCGCCGGGAGGCUCGUCACGCUCGACGAGGCCCGCGCGCGGGACCUGCCCAUCGGCGGCGGCGUCCUCUGCGGCGUGCCCCCCGACGUCGAGGUAGAGGCCUACCGCGGCAACCCCGAGCGCAGCCGCCCGCCCCCCCCUGGUGCCGCCCCCGACGAGCCCUUCGUCUGCAGCUUCGAUAAGAUGGCGGAGCAUUUCAACAGGAAGGCGAGCUUGCUGGAAACAGUCCCGCUGGGUUCCUUCAACUCGCUCUUCAGCUUUACUGGUUCUUGGAAGAAUGAUGCAGCCGCGACAAAGGCCCUUGCAGUUGAUGGCUACUCUGUUCCGCUAUAUAGAGUUAAAAUAACUAGUGAUGAACUGAUUCUGCAAGAGAGUGUAAAGCUCGCAAUUCCAUAUACUUGGGAUCCACCAGCAUUGGCUAGCUUUAUCGAGAAUUACGGCACACAUAUUAUUACUUCUGUAAUGGUUGGUGGUAAGGAUGAAGUAUACAUAAAGCAGCAUUCCUCAUCCCAAUUGUCUGAAAUGGAGUUCAGAAAUUAUGUCAGAGAAAUUGGGAACGAGAGGUUCUCAGAUGUGGAGAACAAGUCAAAUGCACCCCCCAUCAAUUAUAGCGAAAAGGACAUGACAGUAAUCUUCAGAAGGAGGGGAGGUUGUGAUCUUGUUCAGAAUUCUGUUGAGUGGAUAAAAACUGUUUCCUCAGCACCAGAUGUCAUAGGCAUGACAUUUCUCCCUAUUGUUUCACUCGUCGAUGAUAUACCUGGGAAGAAGCACAUUGCUCGUGCCAUUGAUCUAUACUUGACAUACAAACCUCCAAUUGAAGAGUUACAAUACUUCUUAGAUUUCCAAGUUCCACUAGUUUGGGCUCCGGUACCACUGGGUAUUGCUGGACAAAAUAGAAAAGAGCCUGUGUGCCCGUCACUUCAGUUCAGCUUGAUGGGCCCAAAGCUAUUUGUUAGCACAGAACAGGUAUCUGUUGGGCGUCGACCAAUCACUGGCCUGCGGCUGUGCUUGGAAGGAACAAAACAGAACCGUCUGGCUAUUCAUUUGCAGCACCUUGGCUCGUUACCAAAGAUAUUUCUACCUCACUGGGACUCGCAUAUCACGAUCGGGCCACCAAAAUGGCAAGGACCUGAAGAGCAGGAUAGCCGAUGGUUCGAACCAAUCAAGUGGAAGAAUUUCGCUCAUGUCAGCACUGCGCCCAUAGAGUACACUGAAACAAAUAUCACGGAUCUGUCUGGCGUUUAUAUUGUCACGGGAGCACAAUUAGGAGUGUGGGAUUUUGGCGCAAAGAGCGUGCUCCACCUUAAACUUUUGUUCUCCAGAGUUCCUGGGUGCACAAUCAGGAGAUCAGUGUGGGACCACAGUCCAAGUUCUGCGAUGCAUAGAACAGAUGAAGCUUCAUCGUCCUCAAGUGACAAUGCUAAACUUGUGAAGAUUGUCGACAUGACAGAGACGUUGAAGGGUCCGCAAGACGCACCUGGCCACUGGCUGGUCACAGGAGCAAAAUUAGGCGUGGAGAAGGGCAGGAUUAUUGUGCGUGCAAAAUACUCCUUAUUGAACUAUUGACCAAAGUGUUGAGAGCAUUCAUUCAUUCGCUCUGCUAUGGAGCACCAUGUUUAAAGAUAGCAUUGUUCUUUUGUUCAUGUAUGGUACUGUAUGUAACAUGUUGCUUCUUGCGUUGAUGCUACGAGCAAAGUAGCAUGGACAACGUUUUUUUGUCCAGUUCAAAAAUAUUUGAUCUGGCCCUGGUCAUUUCCUUCCGAAUCAUCUUAGCGCGUCAACGGAAUUUAAUAUAUUGUUUUUCUCAUCA